UUGGUAGAUUCUCUAAUGUGUCGCGUGUCGUGGUGUCGUGUCGCACGUUUGCAGUGAUUGCCGGUUGUGUGACGAGUUCUUGUGACAUAAACAAAGCAAUAAAACGCGAUAAACGUCCGAUAACUCAUUGUUUGAGCGGUUUUAGCAAAAGCACUUAAAAUUCAGACCACAAUGUGCCUCGCGAACAUAUCCGGCGUGCCGGAUAAACAUUGGCAACCACCCUUCGUUGUCUUCGAGACUACGAUGGGUGAAAUAACCCUCGAGCUAUACUGGAAACACGCCCCUAUCACAUGCAGGAAUUUUGCCGAGCUCACGCGACGUGGAUAUUAUAAUGGCACCAAGUUUCACAGAGUCAUCCGCGACUUUAUGAUUCAAGGUGGAGAUCCUACUGGGACAGGAAAAGGUGGCAUGUCUAUAUAUGGCGAAUGUUUCGAUGAUGAGAUACAUGAUGAUUUGAAACACACAGGGGCUGGAAUAUUAUCAAUGGCAAAUUCUGGACCAGAUACAAAUGGAUCACAGUUCUUCAUAACGCUUGCGCCUACUCAAUGGCUCGAUGGAAAACAUACAAUAUUUGGUAGAGUACAUACUGGCAUGGCGAUAGUAAAAAGAAUUGGAUUAGUUGAGACAGAUAAGAAUGAUCGACCAGUAGAUGACGUUAAAAUUGUAAAAGGUUCUGUAAAGAACGUGUAAUUUAUUCAAGGAAAUCUUUUACAAAAACAUAAUUUUUAGAAUUUUAAAAUAAGAUAUAUUAAAUAAAUAAUUUUUUUUAUA